AUGACGCGCAAGGCAGUAGACUCCCGCAUUCCUGCCCUCAUCCGCAAUGGCCUCCAGGAGCGCAAGCGGUCCUUCUUCGUCGUCGUCGGCGACCGCGCCAAGGAUGUCAUCGUCCACCUCCACUACAUCAUGUCCUCCAUGGACCUGAAACAGAACAAGUCGGUACUGUGGGCCUACAAGAAGAAGCUGCUCGGCUUCACCAGUCACCGCGCCAAGCGCGAGAAGAAGAUCCAGAAGGAAGUCAAGCGAGGCAUCCGCGAGGCCAACUCCGAGGACCCCUUCGAGCUGUUCGUCAACCUGCACAACAUCCGCUAUGUCUACUACAAGGAGUCCGAGAAGGUCCUCGGCCAGACCUUUGGCAUGUGCAUCCUUCAGGACUUCGAGGGCCUUACCCCCAACCUGUUGGCCAAGACCAUUGAGACCGUCGAGGGCGGCGGCCUCGUCGUCCUGCUCCUCAAGGGCAUGAACAGCCUCAAGCAGCUGUACGCCAUGUCCAUGGAUGUCCACUCGCGCUACCGCACCGAGGCCCACCAGGACGUCGUGCCGAGAUUCAACGAGCGCUUCAUCCUCUCCAUGGGUGCCAACAAGUCGUGUCUCGUCAUUGACGACGAACUCAACGUCCUCCCCAUCUCCGGUGGAAAGGAGGUGAAGCCUCUCCCCCCUCCCGACUUGGACGAGCCCAAGACCCCCGCCCAGAAGGAACUCGAGUCCAUCAAGGAGUCGCACGAGGAUGAGCGGCCGGUCGGCAACCUGGUGAGCCUCGCCAAGACGGUCGACCAGGCCAAGGCCCUCUUGACUUUUGUCGAAGCCAUUGCCGAGAAGUCCCUGCGCAACACCGUCACACUGACCGCCGCAAGAGGCCGCGGAAAAUCCGCUGCCAUGGGUGUUGCUGUGGCUGCCGCUGUCGCCUACGGCUACUCCAACAUCUUCAUCACAUCGCCCUCGCCCGAGAACUUGAAGACCCUCUUUGAAUUCAUCUUCAAAGGCUUCGACUCUCUGGGAUACGCCGACCACGCCGACUACUCCAUCAUCCAGUCUACCAACCCUGACUUCAACAAGGCGAUCGUGCGUGUCAACAUCCACCGCAACCACCGACAGACGAUUCAGUACAUCCGCCCACAAGAUGCCCAUGUCCUCGGCCAGGCCGAGCUUGUCGUCAUCGAUGAGGCUGCCGCCAUCCCCUUACCCUUGGUGAAGAAGCUCAUGGGCCCCUAUUUGGUGUUCAUGGCCUCUACCAUUAAUGGCUACGAGGGUACGGGCAGAUCGCUCUCCCUCAAACUCAUCAAGCAGCUCCGGGAGCAGUCGAGGGCUGCGCCGGUAGCCAACGGCACCGAGGUUGCCGAUCGAUCAAGUGGCAAGGCAUCCAAGAGCGCCGACCUCGGCUUUAGCGGAAACCGCCUGAGAGAAAUCACUCUUUCGGAGCCCAUUCGAUACGCACAGGGAGAUGACGUCGAGAAGUGGCUGAACAACUUGUUGUGUUUGGACGCUACCCUACCCCGUUCCAAAAUCAACACCCAAGGCUGCCCUGAUCCGUCACAGUGUGAGCUGCUCAAGGUUAACCGCGACACGUUAUUUUCCUUUCACCCUGUCUCGGAAAAGUUCCUGCAACAGCUGGUAGCCCUCUAUGUUUCUAGCCAUUACAAGAACUCACCCGACGACCUGCAACUUCUCAGUGACGCACCAGCCCACGAGUUGUAUGUCUUGACUGCGCCGGCUACUGACAGCAAUCGGCUACCGGAGCCAUUGUGUGUCAUCCAGGUUGCACUGGAAGGAAAGAUCAGCAGGCAGAGCGUCCUCAACAGCUUGGACCGGGGAACGCGGCCCGCGGGCGAUUUGAUACCCUGGCUUGUCAGCCAACAGUUCUGCGACAGAGAGUUCCCCUCAUUGUCCGGCGCAAGAGUCGUACGUAUCGCGACGAACCCCGAUUACGUGUCCAUGGGCUACGGUUCGAAGGCCUUGGAGCUCUUGUACGAUUUCUACGAAGGCAAAUUCGCCGAUUUGUCCGAGGGCGCUGGGCCUGUCGAGGAAGAAACCAUGGUUCGUGUCACUGACUCAGAGCUGACAAAUGGCACAUUGUCCGACGAACUCAAGGUGCGGGAUAUCAACUCGAUGCCGCCACUGUUUUCGAGGCUUUCGCAGAUCCGCCCCGCAGCCCUUGAUUAUGUUGGUGUAAGCUACGGCUUGACCCAGUCGUUGCACAAGUUCUGGAAGCGUGCAGGCAUGUCUCCAUUGUAUCUGCGUCAAACCAGCAACGACAUUACGGGAGAACACACCUGUGUCAUGAUCCGUGCUUUGGAGAGGACGGAAGACCGGUCGUGGCUCGGUUCCUUUGCCGCAGACUUCCAGCUACGAUUCUUGGAGUUAUUGUCAUAUGCAUUCCGAGACUUCAACUCUACGUUGUGCUUGAGCAUCGAUGAGUCCGCCAAUGCUGGGGCGGCAUUGGAUGACUCGCGAGCAGCGGCCCCACUCACGAAGUCUGAUCUUGACGCGUUGUUGUCGCCAUACGACCUGAAGCGAUUAGAGUCCUACUGCAAUGGUACGCUCGACUACCACACUAUUCUGGAUCUCGUGCCCAAACUUGCAAGCCUCUACUUCACCGGAAGACUGAAGCAGAACAUCAAACUCAGCGGCAUACAGCAAGCUAUCUUGCUUGCUAUUGGAUUGCAACGCAAGGAUAUGGACGCUGUCACUCAGGAACUUCCUCUUCAGAGCUCACAGCUACUGGCCAUGUUCACCAAGAUCACCCGGAAGAUGAUGGCGCAUUUCGACACCUUGGUCAAGGGUGCUGUUGCUGCUGAUAUGCCCCGGGGGGAUGCUAUUGGUGUCAGCGUGGAGAACGCCAGCGGAGUGCACGAUGACGAAAUGGUCGACACGCGCUUUGCACCACUGGAGAAGUCGCUGGAAGAUGAGCUCGAGGAGGGUGGCGAUGAGGCUUUGAAGGCUAUUAGAGAGAAGCAGAGGGAGCUCAUCAACUCUCUGCCGCUGACACAGUACGAAAUUGAAGGCGAUUCACCUGGCUGGGAGGAUGCCGAGAAGCAGGUCCUUAGUGCCACGAAGAAAGGACAGGCGAACCCCGUCGUAAGCGUCAAGUCUACCAAGGCCAAGAGGAAGGAAGGUCCGACAGCGAGCGAGAUCUACGACGAGGUCUUUGGGGAGAAGAAGCACAAGAAGGUGAAGAAGUCGAGAAAGAGCCAGUAA